UUUGCCUUGUCUUUUUCGUCAGAGGAAUUCACUGUUGUUGUUGUUGUUUUUAACGUUGUGAUUCGUUGUCCUCAAAAAAAAAAAAAGUUGCUUUUGGAUACUCUGAUUUCUCGAUUGAGACUCGUGCAAUUAUGAUUAUGAGGAAAACAACGCGAACGUAAAUCGAGGAACGUUGACCCUCGCCUAAGGGUGUUGACCGACAUUCACUUUUCGCGCCAUACCGGAACGGUCUAGACAAAUAUUAGCAUCGAAGCAUUUUUCUGAAUUGAGUUAAUUGUAUUAAAGUUCGUAAAUUGAACCGUGGACUGGAAAGUGCGUUGAAUCUUUGCUCCUCCAAAUUGAAAAUAGUGCAAAUUUGUCAAUGUUCCGAUGAUAAUCGAGUGAUUGAUCGAUUCAAAAGUUCCAAUGGAUUGCAGUGACGAGCGAUACUUCAUAUUAUUCUGAACUUUUUCAUGUUCUUUUGUCACUGUUUUGAAUGACAGGCAAUUGAAAAAACGAAAUUUGAACGCCGGAGACCGACGAGACUCGCAUGACCGGGUCAAAGGAGUAAAUCGAUGCUCCACAUAGUCAUCACUUGCUUUUGUCUCUCUGUUUUUAGUUUUUUCGUCGACGAACGAUCGAAGGACGAGGAGUGAAACGUAAAAAAUCUGUUGGCAGAGUUCGGGUCAGUUGCUCGGGAAUAAUUGGUCGAGCGGUCGUGACAAGUUGAUCAUACCAUUGUAGCAGUGCCGAGUCUUCGUGAGACAUGAGAGGACAGAACGGGAAGAUGAAAAAUUCUGGCACGAGAUCGUUUCUGCCUCGGUCAACGAACGCCAAAUGUCCUACGAAGUGUUUAUAGUUGGUGGGGAAAGGACAGCGAUUAAAAUCGCGUCAUUUGUCGUUGCUCCGGACGAAGUUGACGCUCUCUACACUUCGAUGUGCGGGCACGGAGUGCGGGAUUAUUGACGAAGCAUAAAUAAUACGAAGGACACUUUGAUACGCGAAAAAAUGGGAGUGCCGGAUGUGGAACAGGCCAAAAGGCGGUUGCAGGACAUUCUGACGAGAGCUCGUCAGCUCGAAAUACCCAGCGACGAGGUUAUCUCUAUGAGAGCUUCACAAAAAUUACUCGCGAGAACCGAAAACGCACUCGCGUGGACUAUCAUCGUUGGUGCUUUCGUUAUCGUUCUCAGCUUCGUCGUUUAUGCACGCUGGCCGACGCAGGAAGUCGAGACUGUCAGAACAGUCCUCAGGCGAACGACAAUCGCUUUCAAUAAUUAUCGCAUCCUGCUGAUGGAGAUGAGAAAGGAAUUUCGCUGCAUAUUCAACUCACCAAACUUCGAAGUCAAAGCCCACACGUAUCGCCUCGAAACAGAAGAUCGAAAAAUAGCGAGUUGACAGGGUCGUUGAGGCCGACCGUGGGAAUGACGGCUAUAGACAAGUCGUCAGGAUUCAACUUCAGCGGAUGAACGACUUGGAGGAGUUUUCGUACAAUCUGAUUCCAUUUAUGGACUUGAAUAACGAGAAAAUAGCCCACAUCGCUUUAAUGAUCGAUUAGAAAAGGGAAAAAUCGGAAUUCGAUUCGACAAUGGCUGAGUUGUAAAGGCAGAGAUCAUAAAAAUAGAGAACGAUUCACUCAAUCCUUCGUCGAAGACAAAAUGAAACAGUUAAUUUUGCAAUAAACUUUAAGAGCUUCAAUUACCUCGUGAAUUCGAUUUUUACAGGCGCAUACAUUUUGCAAAAUGUCAUGAGAACGUCAACGAGAAUCUCGCGAAUGUAGAAUUGCCCAUUUUUUUGAAUAAUGAACACACGAAAAGAAGAAAACGAAGCAGAGUUCUGUUCACGACGUGUGUUACGGAGGCUGUAACAUGCGUUCCAAUUCGAUGGACCCUGAAAGUGUUCAUUAGGAGAGUAAAUACAUUAUCGGAGGGAAGAAACUGUGGGAAUCGCUUGCGGCGAUUGGAUGAAUAAUUGUAGGGACCGGGUACAGAAUUCUCGUUCAAUAUUACAAGGAGCAGAGGAAAUUCGUUAUGGAGCAACAUGAAAAAUACAUAAGCAAAAUAUUGUUGGACCGGGCAAACGGUUCUGUAACAUGUGAACAAUGUUGGAACGUUGUUCGAUACACAUUCGAUAUUUAUUGUGUUAUUAAUGGUUUAAAAUUUCGCGAUGCAGUCAUUAAAAAUAGAAGAUACUCGGAGAAGGGGUUAACGGAGUGUGCGAAGAGCUGGCAAUUUAUGAAAAACCGAUUCCGUGUUAGUGGUGCUGGAGCAGAAAUUCUCCAUCGGAUGCUUGGAAUUAUUAUCGCACUGUUAUCAUCGUCAAUACGUUUAUAACUUGGAAAUAGAACGUCUGGAUUUCUCGGCAGUAAAUCGUCGUUGGAGAGCAGCGGGGAAUAGAAUUUUUAUGGCGGAGUAUCGUAU